AUGGGCAAACCAAUUGUGCUCCACUUGGGCGACGAUAUCCGCUGGAAUCAUGACCAAUAUGCCAAAUUCAAAGAUCAAUUCGAGAUCAAGCGAUCGUACAGCAUGUCACGGCCAGAAUUCAUUCGAGCGCUCAAGGAGCGACAAUUCGGCGAUUUCGUCGCAAUGUACCGACCCUUCUGGAACACUGGCGGCGAGAUGGGAAACUGGGAUGAGGAAUUGAUCUCUCUACUUCCUGAUUCCUGCAAGAUUUUUGCCAGCGCCGGCGCUGGCUUUGACUGGGUGAACACGGCUGCUUUGGCUAAGAAAGGUGUCGUCUACUGCAACGCCGCGGCUGCAUGCACAGAGUCUGUGGCCGACGCCGCUAUCUGGCUCAUUAUUUCCGCCUUCCGACUUUUCUCAUGGUCGGCAAUGGCAGCCCGGGCCGUGGAUGCAGAUCAGUUCGUAGAUGCCAACCGCAAUCUUGCAAUGGUCUCGCAUAACCCCAAAGGAAACACACUUGGAAUCAUUGGCUUUGGCCAGAUCGGUCGCCGGACUGCAGAGAAGGCAUACAAGGCGCUCGAUAUGAAAAUCCUUUAUCACGAUAUUGUGCAGAUGCCAAAGCAGCUGGAGCAGGUGUCGAACGCAACGUUCCACAAGUCUAUGGACACUCUGCUUGCCGAGUCGGACUGUCGGAGAGACCCUACUGAAUGCAUCUCUGCUGGCAAAGAUGAAGCGUGGAUCCCGGCUUGUCAACAUCGCCCGGGAAAGCUUCUGGAUGAAGCAGCUCUGGUUGAUGCCUUGAAGUCUGGCCAUAUCACCUCUGCCGGCUUAGAUGUACACUUCAACGAGCCUCAUGUCAACCCUGAGCUUGCUGCUAUGAGAAACGUCGAGAUUUUGUCGCACAAUGCUGGUGCAUCCGUGGACGCGCAUAUUGGAUUUGAGCGUUUGGGAAUGGAGAAUAUUGUCUCUUUCCAACAAAGUGGAAAGGCUGUGACCCCAGUGAAUGCUCAUUUGAUCAAGAAGACGUCUUCAAAGCUUUAG